AUGAACAGAGGAGAAGAAUUAGACGUGUAUGUUGGUGGAAGCUUCACCACUAUCACAAACAACGCCGGCGUUUCCCUUACAGUAAAUUACAUCGCCCUAUACAAUCCAGUGAAAUCUACUUUCUCCAACCUCUCUUUGGGUCUAGAUGGCCCUGUACUUUCACUUCUGUGUGACUCAUCCACUAACACACUAUACGUUGGAGGUUCAUUUACCGCCCCAGUCAAUGUCUCUGCUCAGGAUAAACCAAGCUAUGGGGGCUCCGUCGCAAUAUGGAAAGAUGGUCAAUGGAGCCCGCUACCAUUUGGUGGCUUCAAUGGACCCGUUAACACAAUCGUGUUGAAUAGUGAUAACGCGACAGUAUAUUUCGGUGGCGAGUUUGGGGCUACAUCCGAUGGAAGUUUUGGCGACGUUACUUCAUCUCAGCCAUUGGACAUGACAUAUGGAAAUAUUACUGUUGGCAAUGGAUCUCAAAGACCAGGUUUUAAUGACCCGCAUGUAAUUAUUUGUCCAGGAGGUGGUGAUGGACCAGGCAAUUCAUGGUUAUUAGCCGAUAAUCAACCCGGCCAAUGGAGAGUAACAUUUCCAGUAGAAGUUGCCCCGACUAGUGUUGAUAUAGUGAAUACAAUGGUUGAAAAUAGGGGCACUAAAAUUUUUAG